AUGAUGGCCAUGAAGACCUGCUCUCUGCUGUUGGUGCUCCUGUUCCUGGCAGUGGGGCUGGGAGAGAAGGAAGAAGCUCUCUCCAGAUCCCAUGCUAAGGUUGGUGGCUCCCGGCCUCGAGGCCCCAGGUAUGCAGAGGGAACUUUCAUCAGUGACUACAGUAUUGCCAUGGACAAGAUCCACCAACAAGACUUUGUGAACUGGCUGCUGGCCCAGAAGGGGAAGAAGAAUGACUGGAAACACAAUAUCACCCAGAGGGAGGCCCAGACCCUGGAACUGGCUGGGCAAUCUCAAGGGAAUAAGGAGGCAGCAGAGCAGCUGAGUUCUCCACCCAAGAACCCCUGUGAUGAAGAUCUACUAAAGGAGUUGUUGACUCAAAAGCUGCUGGCCUGGAUGGUGGACCAGACAGAGCUCUGCAGAUUCAGGUCUCAGUGA